AGUGGUGUUCAACAUUCAAAAAGGAUAAUCCCACCUGCCCAUCAUGGCAACUGCAGCAGCUCUACCUGAAGGAGUAGGUCCUGUAUUAGAAACCACCCAGCAAGAUUUUUUGCAAGAAGCAAAAUCUCUUAUUGCUCAACAUUACAAGAGAUUAAAUGAGAAUAAGGCUCAAGGAACGUCUAUAGAUGUCUUUAAAAAUAAACACCAAAAACCAAAAACUGGCAAAUUCAUACCUUUUGAGGUUAAGAAAAGUGAAAUCCUUAAUGUAGUUCAAGAACAUCGGUUGGUAUUGAGAAGCAUUAGCUAUCCCAGGGACACUUCCAAAUGCACAACUUUAAUUGAGGCCUCACAGGAGAUUUCCUUCAAGGAGCCGCAUGUUUCGAAUAUAAAAGAGAAGUACCACCCUGUAGAUCUUUUUAAAAAAGAAACAGUUAAACUGGGUAAAAUAAUGAACGAUAUUGAAUCCGUGAGUAAGAGAAUGGAGAAAGAGAAGGAGAUGCAUCUCGAGAAGUCCAGAAUGUUGGAGCCCUUCCAUUCCCACAUUGGCUUGCCUUUGCAUAAUCUGACCUCUUCUUUGGGACUUCUGAAGGAACUUGCUGACAGGACGCUGUAUGAUUGGAGGAGUACUGCAUCGAUACUAUCUUCCCGUUUGCCUCAUGAAUCUGCUCAGAGUUUAUCAGGCUCCUCGGUGAUGUUUAAGGAUUAUUAUAUGAGACCCUAUAAGAAGAAAGAUAUACAAUCUAUCAAGAAAGACCUGAAGCCAGACAAAAGAUCAAAGACUGUUGUAAAGUCUGAUAAAAUAGACAGCAAAGUUAAAAGAAUUGGACCACACAUAGAAAUUUACCAACUGUUCCAGGGAAGAAGCAAACCCAUGUUUACUAAAAGAAUUGUUAAGCUGGUCGUCACUGUCCAAGCAUUUAUCAGGGGGUGGCUUGAGCGCAAAAGGCUUCAGCGGAUAAAAAGCAAGGCAUUGUAUCAUGGUCCAAAUUUGAAAGCAGUUAUACAAAUGUACCAGAGCUUAAUCCACCGUAUUAGACACCGACUUGGCCUUUGGAGGACAAGACAGAUUAUAUACUUUGCAGAGUUAGAAGAAUGGAUGGACAGAAAAAAAUUCUAUGAGACCAUGUUUGCCAAGAGAGAAGACUGGCAAGGAUUAGAAAGAAGUGAGUUGAUGAAGUACUUCAACGACUGUGGUCAUUUCCCUACGCAGACCCAGAUCGAUGAGUUCUGGGACCUGUUCCACAGAAAUAGUCGAGGACAAUAUUCUGAAGUAAUCAAAAAGUCCAAUGCUAUUGAGCUAUUAUUUACACUCUAUCCUCCUCAAGGUGCCAGAGUGAAUGUUACCACAAGACUGAGGUCCACAUGGCUGAGACCCUUGGUGGAUGGGGAAGAAGGCUAUAAGUACAUAGUGAAUGGACAUCCAAUACUCAAGAGAGCUAACAUCCGGACUGUUGGCAAGUUGGUGGCUAGAUCCAUAAGAGAAAGAAAAAUGAGACAAUUUUAUAAGACAUGAGAACUGGAAUAAAUUUUUCAACACAGUGUUCCAUUAAAUAGUUGAUGUUAUCUCCUCAGAAAUGCAUGUUAGUCAUGAACACAGAAUGGUUUGCCAGCAACAGGGUAAAAAGGAAACUCUUCGCAUAUGCAAAGGGGGAUGCUGACAAGUUAAGUAUAAGUCAGUUUGGACGAGUGGUCUUUAUCUUCCUCAUUAAACAUCUGCUAACCAUG